AUGGCCGCAACGGUGGGCGAGGGUUCCGAUACUGAGGAGGCCUGCCGGCACAUGGAAUCUAAAGAAGAAUUUGUUAAAGUCAGAAAGAAGGACCUGGAACGGCUGACCACGGAAGUGAUGCAAAUACGGGACUUCUUACCCAGAAUACUAAAUGGGGAGUUACUGGAAGGUUUCCAGAAAUUAAAGGUUGUAGAAAAAAACCUGGAAAGAAAAGAACAAGAAUUAGAGCAGCUGAGAUUGGACCGUGAACACUUCAAAGCCCGGCUAGAAACUGCACAGGCAGACAGUGGGAGGGAGAAGAAGGAGAAGCUGGCUCUUCGACAGCAGCUAAAUGAGGCAAAGCAGCAGCUCCUCCAGCAGGCAGAGUACUGCACACAGAUGGGGGCUGUCACCUGCACCCUCCUCUGGGGGGUCUCUAGCAGCGAGGAAGUCGUCAGAGCCAUUCUAGGAGGAGACAAAGCAUUGAAGUUUUUCAACAUCACUGGUCAGACGAUGGAGAGUUUUGUGAAGUCGUUGGAUGGGGAUGUCAAGGAGGUUGAUUCUGAUGAAAAGCAAUUUGUCUUUGCACUGGCUGGAAUUGUAACAAAUGUUGCCGCCAUGGCCUGUGGCCGUGAGUUCCUAGUGAAUUCCAGCCGGGUGCUCUUGGACACCAUGCUGCAGCUGCUGGGGGACUUAAAGCCUGGCCAGUGCACCAGACUCAAAGUUCUAAUGCUGAUGUCCCUGUAUAAUGUGAGCAUCAAUUCAAAAGGCUUGAAAUACAUCAGUGAGAGUCCUGGAUUUAUCCCUUUGCUGUGGUGGCUUUUGAGUGAUCCAGAUGCAGAAGUGUGUCUUCAUACCCUACGGCUCAUCCAGUCUGUGGUUCUAGAACCAGACGUCUUCUCCAAGGUGGCCCCUGAGCUCCAGAGCUCUUUACCGCUGCAGCGCAUUCUGGCCAUGUCUAAGAGCCGCAACUCCCACCUGCAGUCUGCUGCCCGGGAGCUCCUGGAAGACCUCCGUGCCCUGGACUGUAGUAUUUAGAUGUGCUCGGCCAUCAGGAGCUUUGUGAA